UCACAAGAAGAAGAUUUCCUAGCAAACUCGGCUAGCAUAAACUAUUGUGCGAGUUAACUAGAAAUGUCCGGUCUAGAAGACAAUUAUGGGAUACCCUCGGAAUUUCAAGAGGAUAAUGAGGGCGAAGUGGAUUUUGAAGAGGAGCCUGAAGCCGAUUACGUGAACCCUUUCCGAUAUGUCUUUUAUAGAGAUAGGAAAGAGUGGUCGGAUUUAGAGGGCGUUCCACAAGAUGACGGACCCAAUCCUGUUGUGAAGAUAGCGUACUCUGACAAGUUCACGGAUGUAUAUGACUAUUUCCGAGCAUUACUGAAGAAUGACGAGAAAAGUGAAAGAGCCCUCUCACUCACUGCAGAGGCCAUUGAACUGAACGCAGCAAAUUAUACCGUAUGGCACUAUCGUAGAGUCUUGCUGCAGGCUCUGGAUAAGGACCUUCGGGAGGAGAUGAACUACAUUACAGCUAUCAUCGAGGACCAGCCAAAAAACUACCAAGUCUGGCAUCACAGACGCAUUGUGGUGGAGUGGCUGAACGACCCUUCGGAGGAGCUGGAGUUCAUAGCAGACAUCCUGAACCAGGAUGCCAAGAACUACCACGCAUGGCAGCACAGGCAGUGGGUCAUCCAGGAGUACAGCCUGUGGGAUAGGGAACUGGACUAUGUGGACCAGCUGCUGGAGGAGGAUGUGAGGAACAACUCCGCCUGGAACCAGAGGCACUUUGUCAUCUCCCACACGACUGGCUACUCUGACCCAACCGUACUGGACAGGGAAGUUCAGUAUUGUCUCAAACAAAUAAAGAAAGCUCCGCACAAUGAAAGUGCAUGGAAUUAUCUGAAAGGGAUCCUGCAGGACCGCGGCCUGUCGACCCACCCUGGCCUGCUGGAGCAGGUGCUGGAGCUCAGGCAGACCCACUGCUCCCCCUACCUGCUGGCCUUCCUGGUGGACAGCUACGAGGACGCGCUGGAGUGCUCCUCCAGCCCCCAGGAGGAGUGCCUGAGCAGGGCCCUGGAGCUGUGCGAGGUCCUAUCCCAGGAGAAGGAUACAAUCCGUAGGGAGUACUGGAGGUACGUGGGCCGGUCCCUGGAGGGUAAAUACGGACCUGUGGUGAGGUCCGAGGUGGCCCCAGACUCUGCUCCCGGGCCCGAGGGAGAGACCAGCAGCUGAGGAGCAGUCCCCCGAACCUCCCCACCUCACUAUCACCUCCAUUUCCCUGUCUGCCCCACCCUCUCCAUCCCCCUCAUCCCCCCAACCCUCCACCUCCUUCCAUACCUUCAUCCCCUCUAUCCCUCCAUCCCUCCACCUCCCCUCCAUCCCUCUAUCUCCAGGUCGCUGCUUGUUAACCAGUAGUUCAGCAUCGCCAUGUUGUUUAGGUGAAAGGCUGUAACCAGGAUAGUUCUGCUGUUUUUACGUGACGAGGUAGUCAGGAUGUGAGCCAGUGCUCUCUGUAGGGUCCUUGCUGGUGUCCAGACACACCUGCUGAGCAGGGGAGCUACCCCUGCUGUACCCAGAUAUCACGUAUGUAUCAUGUUAAAGAAGUGGGUCACCUUUGUUGUCAAUGCAUCUAGCUUUUUUGCAGAAUACAGUGUAACUAUAUUCAUGUCUGCUGUACUCCUACAAUGUUUUUUAUGCAAGAAAAAGCCUGAAUACAUGAAUAUUGUAAACU